AUGGCCUCGGCGCCUCGCAAGCACAAGCGCAUUACCCCCACCCUGGUGGCGGUCGAUGCCGCGGACGUGUCCGCGCCCAUCGAGGCGCCGGCGCCGGUGGCACCGGCAGAAGCGGCAGGAGUUGUGGUGGAGGAACUGGAAGUUGUGGCCAAAGCAGUCAAGCAACUCCAACCUUUGAAGGUGGUCAUGAACUCUGGAUACCUGGCUGCCCUGUUGCCCGACGCUCGGAUCUUGGUUUUCGACCACAAGGCCUUGCUGUGCGAAACAAGCAUCGCGCAUCUGUGCGAGCCAAAGGAGCUUCUGUCACUUCAACUGCGGGAGAGUGACCCGGUCAUCGCAGCCUCCAAUGGACGUGUCUUCUUUUUUCAUCGCAGCAUGGCUGCAUGGUUCAGCUUCGCGACAAGCUCAACGGAGGAGGAGCUGUUGCUGGCGUCGCUGUUGGGGACGAAGGACUUUGAAGCAAAGUUUGUGAACUUUGUGGAGAGUAGGGAAGCAGAUCCCCAACACUUUCGAGAGUGGCCUGGCAGUCGUAAGGGGUCGAGGGGAAGGUUAUGUUCGCAGUUUCCCAGCUUACGAUCCUUGGCGGAUCUGCCAAAUCUGUCAAGCUCUCUCGCCGAUGAGAGCCUCAGCAGCUUGUGGGAUUUGUCCAAGGAGGUGUCGCAGAGCAUCUCGCGCUUGCCUGAGGCGGAUCGCCGUGUGGUUGGGGUGGUCAACUUUGAUGAACUUCUUUGGGCAAGGUGUCUGUUUGACAGCCGAGCGGUGUCAGUGGAAAUGCAGGUGGACAUUGAAAUCCCAGGAGUGUCCUUUCCUUCGCGAGUGGUGUGCUUGGCACCUGAGGUGGACCUGCUGAAUCACAGCCACAUGGGGACCUGCGCACCUCCAUACUUCGACCACGAGCGUCGAAAACUCAUUGUGAAGUUGGCAGCCCAAACAGGUGCUGGAAGAGAGGUAUGCCUCUCUUAUGGCCCGUUGCAAAAUUGGGAGCUGCUCUUCUACUAUGGCUUCUGCCCAGCUGUCAACCCACACGAUCGGCUGGUGAUCAACGUGGAUCUGCCGGAUGAGUCGACGGCGGAGAGAGAGGUGGUGCUCCAGCUGCAUGGCGUGCCCACCGAGGUGGCCUUGCGACCUCCGCCCGUGGAGGUGGGGUCUGGCUGGUGCACUUUGGGGCUCCUUCCAGCGCAGCUCUUGAGGUGCUUUCGAGUGCUGCUGGGAGAAAUUGGGAGCUUCGACGUCGAUGCGGCACCUGGAGAAGGGCACAUGUUGGAGUUGGAUCUGCAGUGUUUCGCUGCCAUGGAGGAGUUGCUCGUGGGGCUUCUGGAACCACUUCAAGGUCCUGAGGAGCAGCCUUCCUGGUGGCCCAUCUACGGUCCUCGAAUCGAGGCCUUCCGCGCGUCCCAGCGCCAACUGAUCGAGGGAAACCUGCAGCAGCUUAAGGAGCUGACAAGGAGGUUUCUGCAGCCCAACAAGAAACCACGGCUUGCGGAACAAGAAAUGGAGCUGCAGAUGCUUGCAUCAUUCAACCCAGAGCACCAAAGCAAUCUCAUUGCGUUGAGGCGUGUAGCACGUGCUCCCAGACCCACCCUGAAAGCGGAAGACGAUUGA